CAUCAACCACCACCAACACACCUUCACCACCCAGCCACUCUUGCAUGUCUGUUCACCAUAGACAGCUUCACACUAGCUCCCACAAGCCCAUUGCUGAUGAGGGCUACAUCUCUGGCAGUGAAGCUGGAUCAAUGAAGCACGCAAGUUCCAAAGACACCACACCUGCACUCAAGUUUAUCAACACCAUGCCUGCCACCCGACCAUCCCCUUCCUCACUUCCUGUGGUGUCCAAUAUUGGGUUUGCUCCCAGGCCAGGAGGCAUGUCUGUAGGUCACAUAGAUCUGUCACAAACUUCUGACAUGCCUUAUCUCACUCCACAACAGAGCUCCGCUGUGAUUGCCAUCAAUUUGCGCCAUAUCAGGCCUAUUCCACCUCUCCCUCCCAGGCCAUCUGAGCCACCCAGUGGCUCCGUUUCAAUUGCUGGCAGUGAUGCUACAGACACGCCUUCAUGGACAGUUUAUGACCCUGCCCUGGAGCAUGCCAUCUUGGACUCUGAGAUGGAUGAUCAUGCCUCAGAGGCUGAUGUGGACACCGAUGAUCUAGGACACACAGAUCAGUCUUCUGAAUAUGGCACCUCUCCCUCUCUUCUUGAGCCCCCCAGCAAUCCCGUUGCUUCAUCGUCCAGCACUGCCAUUGCCCCACAGCCAAUCAACCCUCCUACCCAGCCACAUUCUCCCAUCAAGCGCACUUUUCCCAGGCCUCACAAGUCAAGGGUCUUGAGGUCUCUCAGUGGCCUUGGGACCAAGCUUGCAGCAGAAUGGGCCUCAGCCAUCAAUGCUUAUGGUGAACUGCUUGCCCAUACUCCUACCAAAGCAAGCACCCCAGGAGCAAAGAAACUCCUGCUGAAGGCCAAAUGGGCUAUGGGAGAGAUGCAAGAAGCACAGAACAAUGUUCAAAUUGAUGUCCUCAUUACUUCGGGUGCUGCUGCAGCUAUUGCGGACUUCUCGGACCUCCGAAGGCACGCGAAUUGGAGCGAGGACGCGAUCGAGCUCUGGAAGAAAGCCGUCGACCUCGCGGAGGUCUGGCGCCAUCGCUUCGUCGAAUCCAACAAGCACUGACGAAGCGAUCUCGUCGUAUGCUAACGCGACGAACGAACACGGACUGCAAGCACAUCAACUCAUGGAUCCGACCUACCGGAAUAUUUCACUAUGCUAUAUGUAUAUAGCCCGUCAAGAGCGCGCCACGAAGCGCGAUCGCGAGCGAGAGGAAGGUCGUGGUAGUGGGAAGGAAAGGAGAGUGGGUGGGUGGACGCCCACAUAUACCGCUGGUUGGGUGUGUGGGCAUACGGUGAUAUCCGCUACGCAACGUCAAACCCUAUGUAUAUGUCACAUUUCUACGAUUCAGUCUAUAACAUGCAAUCGACAUGCUGUACCUAUGCUCAUUGCCCCCAUA